CUUCACUUCCGUUUCCUUUUCCUCAACGCCACACAGAACCGAUUUGGUUUACACUACGAGACAAGAAAUGGAUACGACGACACCGGGCUCCGCUCUCCCAGCCUACCAUUUAACCUGCUAAAUGCGACUUGCCUGAAAGACGCCGCUAAACUGAGUGGUUUCCCCCUCUGGUCUGGAUCAAUAUGAGCAGCCUUCGUGUGUUUAAAUUCAGCGGAGUGAGCUCACUAAGUGCACAGAGUGUCUUAUCUUGGUAGCUAACGUUAGCUCCGCAGAGCUGCUAUCUGUGGCCCGCUCUGGCUUUAUUAUCCCCGGGAGAGGUGCUUUUCACUCAGCUAAGUCAGCACCAUGAAUCUGUUACGUCUGGUGUGCCGCCACAAGACAGCCCUGGUUAUUGGCUCUGUUUGCAGCUUUGCUGUAGUUCUUGUCUUCUUGGCCAAAUGUACCUCAGAAACCUUGAAACAGGGCCACCCGGAUCCUCCAGGUUUAGCCCCCCGUGCCAAUGCUUUGCGACCCCAUCCAGAGCAGCACAAUCCCCCCACCACAUCAAAAGACUUGUCGGCAUUCCUUGUGGUCCUCAUCACAACUGGACCUAAGUACACAGAGCGGAGGAGUAUCAUCCGCAGCACCUGGCUCGCCAAGCGGGAUUCCGAUGUUCUGGCCAUGUUUGUGGUAGGAACUCAGGGGCUUUCCAACGAAGACAUGCAGAACCUUGACACAGAGCAAGGACGGCACAAAGACCUGCUCUUACUGCCUGACUUACGAGAUUCUUAUGAGAACUUAACACUCAAGCUGCUCCACAUGUACUCCUGGCUGGACCAGAAUGUGGAGUUCAAGUUUGUCUUCAAAGCAGAUGAUGACACUUUUGCCCGCUUGGACCUCCUUAAAGAGGAGCUGAAGGGGAAAGAGCCCAACCGGUUGUACUGGGGCUUCUUCUCAGGGAGAGGCCGAGUGAAAACAGCCGGCAAGUGGCGGGAAAGCUCUUGGGAGCUCUGUGACUACUACCUGCCCUAUGCACUGGGCGGGGGUUACAUCCUCUCAGCCGACCUGGUACGUUAUGUGCAUCUGAAUACAGGUUUCUUCAAGACGUGGCAGAGUGAGGAUGUGUCACUGGGUGCCUGGCUGGCGCCAGUGGACGUUCGGCGGACGCAUGACCCACGCUUUGAUACAGAGUAUAAAUCGCGUGGUUGCAACAACAAAUAUUUGGUCACACACAAGCAGAGCUUGGAGGACAUGUUGGAAAAACACCAGACUCUGCAGCGAGACGGCAGGCUCUGCAAGGAGGAAGUCAAGCUGCGAUUGUCCUAUGUGUAUGACUGGAGUGUGCCACCCUCACAGUGCUGCCAAAGGAAAGAUGGCAUUCCUUAAUUUUUUUCCUUUUUACACAGUAGAAGUUGGCUUUUGAUUAGUAUCAUCAGAGUCUGGGAUAAUGUUUUCCAACCGUUCUCCAUUGUUACAUGAUUUAAAGUUGUUCGACAGGUACUGGACAUCAUAGUAAAAGCCUUAUUGCUGUUAGAAAAACCCAAUGAAGGUUUGUAAAACCUUUUUAUUAUUUAUAAAACCUUUUAAACAAAAAAAGGGCAAUUUCACUGUUUUUUUUUUUUUUUUUCCCUUCCCCAUCCAGAUCAGAGGAUCUAGAUGGAAUUUUCACAAAUUUGAAACCUGGUUUUUAACAGUCUCAAUGUUAAUUUUGACUGGUCUGACAAAUUAUAGUAUAGUGGUUUUUGGGCUAGAUUUUUAACGCAAUGUGGUUCGGAUAGAGAAAAAGCCAUUAAAUUGCCCUCUUUUUCUAUUUUAAUAAACAGAAUAAAGGUUUCAUAAAUCUUAAACGGUCUUUAGAGUCUCCAUGUCUAGUCAAGCUUUGACAAUUCCUAGUAUAAUAGUGUUCUUAUUUUUAUCUAGACCUGGUUAAAUGUGGGUUAGAGAAGUAAUCAAAUCAUCCUUCUUUCUUUUUUCACACACAGAAUGGGGUUUUAAACAGCGCUACAGCUUUUAUUUUGAAGUCAUGUACAUAUUUUACAACUUAAAUGGUGUAGCAUUACCAAUGGAGAAUUGGCUGAGAAAUAUUAUCCAUUAACUCUUGAAUCGAAAGCCAUCUUCCUCUUUAUGUCCUUUUUGACCUGUAAACUCCUUUGGUCUUGUUGUUUGGACCCAUGAUAAUGUCAGUCAUUUCCUUACCACCAGUUUACCACGUUGGAGGCCUACUUCUCUCCUCUGUCUGUGCUUCUUCUGCUGUACCUCUUGCUAAAUAUUUUCAAACACUAUGAGAUGUUUUAAGUGUAGUAGAUAGCACAGGGAAAACAAAGAUGGGAGAUUCUCACUUUGCCAUGAUGUCUGUUUUUUUUGUGAAAGCAAUUUUUUAAAAAUAUUUUAUUUAUUAUUAAUUUAUUCUGCACUAAACACAACAUACUGGUACUGAGUUGCUGCUUAUGAAUAGAAUUUGUAUUUAUAAACAUGGUUGGGGGAAAUCACGUGUAUUUCAAGGAAUCAGUGGAGGAGAAAUGUUCAUUUUUAAAUGUAAAACUUUUGUUUUCGGUCAACGGUACACAAGGCAUUAAGUUGCACAAAAUGUGUAAGAGAAAAUGGUUGAAUGUGUUUUAUUCAGCAGGCCUUCUUAUUCAUUAUACUGGAGCCUAUGAGAGAACUCUGUGAUGAUAUUUACCUUUCCAAGGCAACAGUCACAGUUUAAAAUUAGGUCAGUACAUUUACUUUGCAGAGAUAUCAAGUUACUUGUGAAUAUUUGUUUGCAGCACACCACAGAUUCAGACGGGGAAACUUGAUAUAGACUACCAGUUGGCACUUGGUCACUUUUUAAACAAGAAGCAAGUCCAAAAAGUCCAUAAAUCAUUAUUCAAUGAUUACUUAUUUUUUCUGAUGUAAGGCUCUCCAACCUCAACUCACCCUGUGAUGUCAGAAGCUGAGUCCCAAAACUUGUGAAAUGUGUACAGCAGCUUUGAUUAAAGGGUGCGACACACUGAAGAGCAAACGGUUGAGAAAACCCUGCAAAAAGCUACAUCCAAGUUCAUUCUUAUGACUGCUCCUACCUUAAUGUGAAUGACUUUGUCUGUGAAGAUUCUCAGUCACCCUGGUCAUGGUUUCCCGAGAAGGGUUGGAUCAAGGGCAACUGGACUUUGUUGUGGAUACUCGAAGAGAGGUGAAACAUCUUCAGGUAUCGAUAACGGAGUCCGGUUGCCCUCGAUUCCCUUCUUGAAUGGCAUGACGGUUUUCUCACUGUUGUCACUAGCAGAUUCUGAUUCAAUCCAACUUAAGUUUCACUGUUUGUUUUUACGUGCAUGGUCAGCCUCC